GCUGCGUGUUCGUUUACAGAGCCUAGUUUUCGGAGGCACUGAUUUGUAGAAUAAACAGGGGAGGGCUUAUUAUCAGUAUGUCAAUCGCGGGAUACUGAUGUUGUCACGCUGGGAUUGUUUUACGUCUUUAGUUGAAUCUGUUGUUAUACCGUGGAAAUAUUACAAACAAUGUUCAGUUCAACAGACAGGAGCCUGUUGCUGUUUGGAUCAUGGUUUCCCGUCAGAGUACAAAGAUGGACUGCUGUGGUCUGCUAACUGCCCAGAAGGAACCAGUUCCUCUGAAGAGUGUGGAGGUGGAGCUGCAGGUGAGGGACCAUGUGGCUACAGUGGUCUCCACCCUGAACUAUGAGAACAAGGAGGACAAACCAGUAGAGGCUGUGUUUGUCUUCCCUCUGCCUGGAGAUGCUGCUGUCUGUCACUUCAGUGCUACGAUCGGACAGACGCAGAUUGUAGCUGAGGUGAAGGAGAAACAGCAGGCUCGUGAGGAGUACGAUGACGCUUUGAGCUCCGGUCAGCAGGCCUUCCUAUUGGAGGAGAGUGAUCAGAGUCCAGAUAUCUUCUCUCUGAGUGUGGGCAGCCUGCCUCCAGGAGAGAGCGCCUCCAUCAGGCUGGAGUACGUCACUGAGCUGGCUGUGCAGGCUGAUGAUGGGCUGAGGUUUUGUCUGCCUGCUGUGCUCAACCCUCGCUACCAGCCUCAGGGCAGUGAAGGUGCCAGUGUUCAGGUGACCUCUGUUCCAGCCUCUCUGGUGCCCUACAGUCUGUCUUUCUCUGCCCGAGUGUCCUCUCCUCGUCCAGUCUCUAAAGUAGAGUCCAACUGUUCCCUGGACCCUCUCCAGUACCUCAACACAGAGCAAACCCAGGCCAUGGUCAAGUUGGCUGCAGGACACAAGUUUGACAGAGACGUUGAGGUGCUGAUUUAUUACAAAGAUGCCCACCAGCCCACUGCUGUGGUGGAGGCAGGACAGGCCUCUGCCAAGCCUGGCUCUCUGAUGGGUGAUCCAGUAGUGAUGCUGAGCCUGUACCCUGAGUUCCCCCAGACUGUCAUGUCUUCACUGGCCUCCUGUGGAGAGUUUGUGUUCUUACUGGAUCGAUCUGGAAGUAUGGAUUGUCCAAUGAACAACAGCAAGAGAGACCAGACUCGCAUUGGCAGUGCCAGGGAUACUCUACUGCUCCUGUUGAAGAGCUUACCAAUGGGCUGCUAUUUCAACAUCUACAGUUUUGGUUCCGAAUAUGAACACAUCUUCCCUGCGAGUGUGGAGUACAGUGAGAAGACAAUGGAAGAGGCUCUGAAGAAAGUUGAGAAGAUGGACGCUGACCUGGGAGGAACAGAGAUCCUGGAGCCCCUCAAACACAUUCACAGCCAGCCCUGCAUUCCCAAUCAACAGAGACAACUGUUUGUCUUCACUGAUGGAGAGGUUUGUAACACCAAAGAAGUCAUCAGUCUGGUGAAGAAGAAUUCAGGCUCCCACAGGUGUUUCUCUUUUGGGAUUGGGGAAGGGGCCAGCUCUGCUCUUAUCAACGGGUUGGCCAAGGAAGGAGGAGGUCACGCUCAGUUCAUCACAGGGGCUGACAGGAUGCAACCCAAAGUGAUGCAGUCGCUGAGAUUUGCUCUGCAGCCAGCCGUGGAGGACAUAUCAGUCACAUGGGAUUUGCCAAAGGGAGUCUCUGUCACUGUCCUCUCUCCACCAAUCACAGCCAUUUUCCAGGGUCAAAGGUCACUGGUUUAUGCCCAGCUCAGUGGACAGAGUUCAGAGGCAGCAGAGGGUUGUGUGAAGGUGAAGUACAGCCUGGCAGGUCAUCCCUCUCAGAACCAGCUCCACUUCAGUCUCACACCUGCACAGGACACUGGAUUAACAGUCCACAGGUUGGCUGCUCGGACUCUGAUUCGCUCCCUGGAGGUGGAAGAGAGAGAGAGCAGAAGAGAGCAAGAUGAAGGAGUGAAGAAGAAGGUGGUGGAGCUCAGUGUCCAAUCAGGAGUGAGCAGCACCUUCACUGCCUUCAUCGCUGUCAACAAAGGGGACGGCGAGACGAUUCAAGGACCUCUGGUGCGCAGAAAUGUUCCAACACCCAAAAUAAUGACCUGUGCGAUGUCCGCCGAGGAGUGUAUGUUGCGCCUUUCUGCUCUACCUGCCAUGGAAGUGAAUGUAAGACAUCGUCCUACUCACCCGGGCAGAAAGAUGAAAUCUGUUGCUGGCAUCUUUGGAAUUUUUAGUAAGAUGAAGAAGAAGCUCUUGGGGAGACCAGCUAAGAUGUCUAACCCGCUUCCUCAGAUACAGUGUUCGCCAAUAGAAAUUGAUCCUGGUACAAAGAUGGCCUGCUGUGGUCUGCUGACUGCCAACAAGGAACCAGUUCCUCUGAAGAGUGUGGAGGUGGAGCUGCAGGUGAGGGACCAUGUGGCUACAGUGGUCUCCACCCUGAACUAUGAGAACAAGGAGGACAAACCAGUAGAGGCUGUGUUUGUCUUCCCUCUGCCUGGAGAUGCUGCUGUCUGUCACUUCAGUGCUACGAUCGGACAGACGCAGAUUGUAGCUGAGGUGAAGGAGAAACAGCAGGCUCGUGAGGAGUACGAUGACGCUUUGAGCUCCGGUCAGCAGGCCUUCCUAUUGGAGGAGAGUGAUCAGAGUCCAGAUAUCUUCUCUCUGAGUGUGGGCAGCCUGCCUCCAGGAGAGAGCGCCUCCAUCAGGCUGGAGUACGUCACUGAGCUGGCUGUGCAGGCUGAUGAUGGGCUGAGGUUUUGUCUGCCUGCUGUGCUCAACCCUCGUUACCAACCUCAGGGCAGUGAAGGUGCCAGUGUUCAGGUGACCUCUGUUCCAGCCUCUCUGGUGCCCUACAGUCUGUCUUUCUCUGCCCGAGUGUCCUCUCCUCGUCCAGUCUCUAAAGUAGAGUCCAACUGUUCCCUGGACCCUCUCCAGUACCUCAACACAGAGCAAACCCAGGCCACGGUCAAGUUGGCUGCAGGACACAAGUUUGACAGAGACGUUGAGGUGCUGAUUUAUUACAAAGAUGCCCACCAGCCCACUGCUGUGGUGGAGGCAGGACAGGCCUCUGCCAAGCCUGGCUCUCUGAUGGGUGAUCCAGUAGUGAUGCUGAGCCUGUACCCUGAGUUCCCCCAGACUGUCAUGUCUUCACUGGCCUCCUGUGGAGAGUUUGUGUUCUUACUGGAUCGAUCUGGAAGUAUGGAUUUUCCAAUGAACAGGAGGAAGAGAGACCAGACUCGCAUUGGCAGUGCCAGGGAUACUCUGCUGCUCCUGUUGAAGAGCUUACCAAUGGGCUGCUAUUUCAACAUCUACAGUUUUGGUACCAGAUAUGAACACAUCUUCCCUAUGAGUGUGAAGUACAGCCAGAAGACCAUGGAAGAAGCUCUGAAGAAAGUUGAAGGGAUGGGUGCUGAUUUGGGGGGAACAGAGAUCCUCAAGGCCCUCCAACAUAUUCACAGCCAGCCCUGCAUUCCUAAUCAACCGAGACAAGUGUUUGUCUUCACUGAUGGAGAGGUGGGGAACACCAAAGAUGUCAUCAGUCUGGUGAAGAAGAAUUCAGGCUCCCACAGGUGUUUCUCUUUUGGGAUUGGGGAAGGGGCCAGCUCUGCUCUUAUCAACGGGUUGGCCAAGGAAGGAGGAGGUCACGCUCAGUUCAUCACAGGGGCUGACAGGAUGCAACCCAAAGUGAUGCAGUCGCUGAGAUUUGCUCUGCAGCCAUCUGUGGUGGACAUAUCAGUCACAUGGGAUUUUCCAAAGGGAAUCUCUGUCACUGUCCUCUCUCCACCAAUCACAGCACUUUUCCACGGUCAAAGGUCACUGGUUUAUGCCCAGCUCAGUGGACAGAGUUCAGCGGCAGCAGAGGGCUGUGUGAAGGUGAAGUACAGCCUGGCAGGUCAUCCCUCUCAGAACCAGCUCCACUUCAGUCUCACACCUGCACAGGACACUGGAUUAACAGUCCACAGGUUGGCUGCUCGGACUCUGAUUCGCUCCCUGGAGAUGGAGGAGAGAGAGAGCAGAAGAGAGCAAGAUGAAGGAGUGAAGAAGAAGGUGGUGGAGCUCAGCGUCCAAUCAGGAGUGAGCAGCACCUUCACUGCCUUCAUCGCUGUCAACAAAGGGGACGGCGAGGCGAUUCAAGGACCUCUGGUGCGCAGAAAUGUUCCAACACCUGGGUGGGCGGGAUAUCAUCAUCUACACGCUGGAUUCAGCAUGAUGCAAGCCAAACCAAGUUGUGGUGCCAGUCCAGCUGGUUUCUUUGCUGGUGGAGCACUAACUCGUAAGGGUUGUGAGCAAAGAGGCUUGACUUCCAUAGGAUUGAGCAUUAACAGUCUUGCAAGUUAUUCUUCACUUACAAUGAUGGCCAAACCAAGUUGUGGUGCCAGUCCAGAUGGUGGAGCAACAAGUCGUAUGGGUCGUGAGCGAAGAGUCUUGACUUCCAGAGAAAGCUGCUCACUCGAACAGCCUCCCAGAGACUCUUUGCUGCAGCUGGUCUCCCUCCAGAAGGCGUCUGGCUGCUGGGAGUUGGAUCCAGCUCUGGCUGCUGCACUGGGAAAGACCAGCGAGGAGGUGGAGAACAAAAAGCCUUCAUCGGUGAACCAGGAAGUGUGGGCCACCAUUCUGGCUCUGAUCUGGCUUCAUGGCUUCAAGAUGGAUGCUCAGGAAGAGUGGAAGCUUCUGGCUAUGAAGGCUGCGUCAUGGCUCCGUGCUCAGAACGCACCAUGUGUGACAGAGUGUGUGGAAGCUGGAAAUGCUCUGUUGGGUUGCAACGUGCAGAAAGAUGCCCUGGGGCUCUGAGGUGUUCAUUAUACUGGCUUCUCUUUCAGGAUUGAUACACAGUAGAAGAUCAACUCCAUCCUCAAGCAUUUACUUUUUUUUAAAUUGCACUUUUGCGCUAUUUACAUUAUAUCAUGCAGCUGCUUGCUCAGGCCCUUGUCAUUUUGCCUUAAGCCUCAAUGUCAGAUUGUACAUUAAGUAGUUGACCUAGGAAAAUCAAACCUUGGAGAAUAUAUGAAUGAAGAGCCUCAUGUGUGAAAGCUCCGUAGGCAUCUUGUCAUACAGAGUGUGAACUAGAUGUAGUGUGAACAUGACAAAGGCACUACUAUGCACCAUGUUAUCACAAACUGACAGGCACAGCAUUUCAAAAUGGGUUGGCUCUGCAAGGACAGUCGGCUGUCAUUUUACAAGUAUUGUUUGUACCCGGACAUGCCAGGAGUUGUGUCCAGUACUAUAUGGUUCCUUGUGGUAUGUUUUUGUUUUUUGUUCCUUGGGUUUUCAUUGGUUUGUACUCUGUAGCUCUCUUGUUGCUACUUUUGUCAGUUUUGGUUUAAUAAAGCUCACUUUUAGUUUCUUAA